AUGAGCAUGGGACAAAGGGGGAGAGGGGCGGGGGAGAGGGAGAUGAGGGGAAGACGAGGAGGGGAAGAGGAGGGAGUGAGAAGAGGGGGGAGAGGGGCGGGAGGGAUUAUGGGGGUAGAGAAGGAUGGGAGGGGAGGGGGGAGAGGAGGGGAGAGGGGAGGGGGGUGUGGGAGGGGGGUGUGGGAGGGGGAGGAGAGGCGGGAGCUGGGAAAAGGGAGAACGGUUAUGGUUUUCUGGAUGACACAAGUAGAUAAGGGGUCGUCUCUGUUUGAGAAGGAGAGGCAGAACGAGAGGCAGGAACAGCAGGCGCUCCGCCAAGCAGCAGAAGUGGCGCUUGCGACUCCAGGAGCAGUGGCGAGGAGAGUAGGAUGGAGGCUGAGGGGGUGGUCAAGGGGGGACGAGGAGGUGGUGAAGGGGGGUGGCCACUGUUUUUGUCGGCCGUCUGGUAAUGCUGGCAUGUCAGACAACAAGACCAAGUCGCUUU